AGGCGGCGCGGGGGGCCGGGGUGGGCCGCGCCGCGGCCGUCGGCGGCCCCUUCUGCUCCCGCCUCGGGGGGCGGCGGCGCGGGGGGAGUAACGGCGGAGACCUCAUCCCGCAGCGCGCCAUGAGAAGAGUUAAAAUGAAUGUGUUGCCUCAAGCAAUCCUACAAAGCCCAGGGGAGCAUCCCAGGUUCAUAGAGCAGACUGUUUGCCCCUCAUUAGACUUUGCAAGGAUUCAUUUGAUCAAAGACAAAGAUGACAUAGAUGAUUAUUUGGCGAAGAAUAUCAAAGGGCUGUCAAAACAAGAAGCUGCUGCGUGUCAUAGCUGGUUUAAAUAUUCCCAGAUUAAAGACAAGGAAACUAAGAUUGACAUGCUGCGACGGGGUUAUCACGAGUCCUUCUCCGAGCUCUUCACUCUGAUACAGAAGUGGAAUGCCUUGAGGGAGGCUGCAGGGCCUGGGUCAGCCAUAUGGCAGCAGAAGUCCCUGGAGGAGCAGCCUGAUAAGCUGGAUCAGCUUUACCACUUCCUGACCAGGGCUGAGGCAGCCCAGCGAGCAGGGCACUAUGAGGAGGUGUAUGAUAGCCAGCUUAACUUGGCCUACUACUGUUUCAAUGACCCUGAGGACAAAUGGUUAAGUAAUUACUUCUAUGAGCAAUGCUUUAACACUGCUCAACUAAUAAAAAUUGAUGGUGGAAAGAGAGAGGCACAAGCACAUGCAAAUAUGGGCCUCAUCAAUGAGGAACAAGGUCAUCUUAUGAAAGCUGCUGAGCAUUAUGAAGCAUUUUAUCAGCUAACAGAGGGUUCGACAUGGAAGGACGAGACAGGCCAUACUUACAAUUCACUGGCAUGUGAACAUCUCUGGAGAAUUUAUACAUUACUAGCAGACAAAAUGCUAGAAAAUAAAGAGCACCAACAGGCCAUCAAAACGCUAAUAAAAGCUUUAAAAAUGGCAAAAGAAGGAGGUGAUAUGAUGAUGGAAGGAGAAGCUGCAUAUUGCUUAAGUUUAGCGUAUCAUUUUGCUGGAGAACAACAGACAGCAUUAUCAAUCUUGAAUACCUCUGUAAAAAUCUUCACAGCACUCUCUGAUUCUGCUGGCCUAGGCAGAGCAUAUGCAUUUAUAGCCGAGAUCCUGGUAAGUCAGGGAAAAGCAGCUGAAACUAUUAAGUACUUGGGAGAGUUUAUGAAGGCUGCUGAGAACGCUCAUCUAAGCCAAAGCCUGGUGGAUGCAUGUGUAUUACUUGGGAAUAUAUACAAUGAAAGAGAAUAUCCCUGGGUUUUGGUAUACCCCUUCUUCCCUCAUAAAUCUGGGAACUAUAGUGAAGCUUCUGAUUAUUUCAGUCAGGCUUUUGAGACAGCAAAAACUUUAAACAAUUUGCCCUUAGUGGAUGAAACAAGGACUUAUUGUGGCAUUGCGAAGGCUCAUAAACUGAUGGUGGCAUUUAACAGCCAUAUAGAAGCAGAAGAUCCCAUCAGCCUCAGGUACCUGCUGGCAUGGAAGCAGAACAGAAGUGACAUGUGCACUGACCCUCUUACAGUUGAACUUGAUAUAGGAGCAAGUGCUUCAAAGCCCCUGUGAGCCUCUUCCAAAGACACCAAUUCUAGCUCCUUCCUGAGAAUGCCUGCUUAGCUACAGAGAAGCUGAUAAUGAGCUAUAAUGAAUACAGGAAGAUCCUUGAGGAAUAAUGCAAGAAAGUAGGAAUUUCAGUAGGAAUUUUGUCAUUUAAAUGGGAGCACGGUGUUGCAGUAUAAGCUGCAAUAGUCUUAAUUAUCCAAUUAUUGCAAUAAUCUGAGAGCUCUAAGUUCUUUUAUAACUGAAGUGUGGCUUCAAUGUGUACUGCAUGUUUUUAUCAAAAAUAGCUGGUGUCAUUGAAAUAAAUAUAAAAGAAAAUGAGUAAUAUGGAAUAGAAAGUUUGCACUUGGUGCCCCUGAUACUUAUGCUUGCUGUCUUCCAAAGUGUCAAGAUCCUCCUGUUAAGAUAUUAAACAUCCUUUAUGCCUACUGAAUGGGAGUUCAAGACGCAUGAUACCUUGUAAGAUCAGGUUCUAAAUGUGUCUGGAGAGUUUUCGUUAAAUCCCAAAUUAUUAUCCCUUUCAGAAGAAAUAAGCUGCAAGCUUGACGCAUUGUUCAAUAGGGCUAUCAGUGGUUUUAGCAUCUACGCUUAACAGUUGGGGUUCAACUGUAACUUGAAUAGAAUAGAUCCAGCCUGGGUGGCACACCAUGGUGCAAUUUUGAUCUAAUCUAUAACCCAGGUUGGACCCAAAACACAGCUAAGUUUGUUUAAAAUCUGAUUGAGCACACUCAUGAAACUGUUGAAAGCCUGUACAAUCAAAGCAUUUGAAAUGUCAUUGACUGUCUCAAGUGCAACAUCAAUCUAUAGGGACAGCUGAAACAACUAUAUUUAACAGUGAAAGUGCAUCUGGUAGAAUACCUGUAUGUCACAUUUUCAAAACUGAACCCAGAAUUCCCCUUUUAGCAAAGCCUGGGUUCAUUCACACAAUCAGGCAAAAUAAAAUUCUGCCUGGAUUCUUUCUGAUAAAUAAUCUGAAGCACUGAUUUUGGUCGUGUGCGUGGAGAAUUGUCUCCCCUUUUUGAGCUGAUGAAAUUCUUGACAGUGGUUUCCCCACAUGACCCCACAUCAGACUCCUGUGGUAUUCAUAGCCCUCAGAGGGUAUUUUCCAGCUACCAUCACUGUUAGCCUGAAGAGGAGAUAGAGGACAGCAGAUGGCAGUUGUCACUUCACAAAAUAUAUGUAAAAGCAGGAUUUGGAACCUCUGAAUUUUAUUUAGGAAAAUUGAUGAGCUUUCAUAAUCUCAUGUAUUAGAAACCUGUUCUUUCAAACUGCUUAAACAAAGCUUCAUGAAUCCCAACAGUCACCCAUUCCUUUCUUUACAUGGAGGUUUCCAGAUUCAGAGUUUGAAGCAAGGUCCAUUAGACCUGUAAUCAGUUUUUAUGACAGUCUUUGAGCAAGCAAUAGCUUUUGCCACAGUAAUAACUCAAUUCACUGGUUUUCAUCAGGACUGCAAUUUGAGUAACUGGUUGACAUGUGACAAUAGGAUUUCUCACUGAUAAGGUAUGGUAAAAAUGUAUCAUUAGCUAACUCUUAUUAGACCAUUUUUGAUCACGAUGCUGCGUACAUGCAAUAUAAAUACAAAUAACUCAGUAAUGUUAUUCUUUUACUUAGAGGUCUUUAUUGUCUGAACACCAAGAUUAUUACAGCAAUGUUCAUUUAGAAUGUUUUCACAAGGCUGAAAAGUUCUGUAGGAAAGUUCCUACAUGCAAUCGUGCACACACAUAAGCAUACAAAUCUCUUUACUGAGUGUUAAAAAGAGGUAAACUUUUUAUGAAAACCAGGAAGAGAAACAGGUUCAUCAAUUAAAUAUAAACAAUAACAGGGUCUAGUUUACACCUUAUAUUUUAAUGCUAUUGGUAUGAAAUACAAAAGACAUUAUAAAAACAGCACAAUUCUGCAAAUAUUAUCUGAAAACCACAUUAAGCUGCAAACUCUUCUAAUCUUGGUAAGUAAAGCAGGACAGCUUGUAAGAGGUUGCUAUUUUUAGAUAGUUGGGAUUUCUUUUCUCAGAAUAUUGUCAAAAUAAAUGGCGUAUUUGAAUUUAUCCUCAUAGUAAAAAAAAAAAAAAAAUAGAUAAAAUAACAUAAACCAAGCGGACAUUCUAGAAAGAUGAUUAUCAAUUUUUCAAGGGCAAGUUUCUAAAUUCUUAAGGGUCUUGAACCUCAUGUACAUUUCUGCAGUAACUGAACAUUCUGUGUAUGUGUCCCAAAAGUUAUGAUGCAGUUAUAUUAAGUAGCAUCCAUGAUCAUCACUUUUUUGCCAAUCUACACCCGUUACUAAGUGUAACUUUUGUAUGCUUGUGAAAAAAUGGUCACAAAUUAAUCCUCUAGAGCAUUAGCUCUCCCAUACUUUUUGAUGACACUUUUUAGUCAUAAAGCUUUUGAUAAAAACAAGAGGACUUCUAUCAUCCUAUAAUAAUGUAAAUGCAAACUGUGUUCUUCAGAAUCAGGAAACUUCGGGGGUAAAUUAAGUUUAUUGAGCUAAAUGUACCUGCCUCCCAUCCCAGUAACGAUUUGUCUGACAAGUAACUAUCUGUCUGGCAGAAUGCAGGCGUUGUUCUGCUCCUUGCAGACUUCUGCAGUGGGAAAAGGAAAGCUCUGCUUUCCCCUUCAAAUUCAUGGGUUAGGUAGAACGUUUGUCCAUAUCUUAUACUUCAGACAGGAUCCUGGAAUAAACCUCUCAGCUGUUAGAAGCAGUCAGAGCUCCGCGGGUCACGGGCAGGCCUGGGCGUAAUGCCUCGCGUGAUCCAGCUGAAAGCGCGGUGCUCGCUGGUACUCACCUGCAGAAUCAACUCAGCGCUCCUUUAGAAGAAAAAUCACCACUUACUGAAUUACCAAUGCUUCUUCCAACAUCACUUUUCUUUAGUGAUCUUUUGCCAGCAGACAUAGUCCUGCACCUCAGAUAUCUGCUGAGAUCAGAGCUCAAAUUAGUAUAAUGGAACUUGUGUACUUCGUCGCUUUACGUGAGAGAUGCUCUAAUUUCUUUAAGGAGCUCCUCAUAUGGAACAGAAUUAUUCUCCGCUCUGCCUGAUUCAUUAUCACUGAAAUCCUUCCUCCAGGUUUUUCCAGAAAGCCUCUGAUCCCCUGGCCCUUAAGACUUUGCAAUCGGAAAGGAGGACUCACGAGAGAAUAUGAAUUGCAGUUGCAGGUUUUUCUGUGUUCUGAGAAAUUAUAGGCAUAGUUGACUUUAAUGAAGUCAGGAAAGCAGGUAAAUCAAUUUAGCCUAUAAUGCCAGUUGGCUGUUUCAAAACAAAGACUUGUCAAACAUAUUAUAGCAGAUGAAUAUCUGAAUAGUUCUGAAGUGUAAUAUUGAUGUCUCUAAAAUCCACAUCUUGUGGGUGCCUAAGGUAUGCAAGACUGGCAAUUAAGACUGUUGUUUUAAUAGGAUUUUAGAAGUUUUCACUGUGGAUGUAUCAGAUGGUAUUGACUGACAGUCCAUAGCAGAGGGGAAGGUUGUACCUCAGAAAGGAUUCUGUUUAUAAUUACGAAAAGCAUGUUUUCUGACCAUUAAUACGGUAUAUCUUGUUAAUUAUGAUGAUAUAUAAGGUAUUUCACCUGUGAAGCCAUUUAGAAAAUUAAUGUUUGAGCCACAGAAAGGUCAUUGCCAUUCUGGAAGGAAUCCAUUCAUCUCUAAAUAGGCCAUCUGAAUAUAGACUAAGAAAUACACUAUAUAUAAUUACAUAGAAAUAGAUGGAAUAAAUAAGAUUGAUGAUAGAUAUUACUAAAGCCACAUUUUAGUUUCCUGCUAGGAAAAAGUAGAAUGUAACUGGAAGAAACAAUAAUAUACAUGUAAAAAUGCAAGAAAUAGAUUAAAGUCUGAAGUAGUUCUGUGAAAUUCAGCUGUCACACAUGAGGUGAGAACUCAUCAGCCUUCAGAAGUGGUGUGUAUCAAGGACUUCGUUCUGAGAUUCAGUCGAGUAUUUCUGAAGACAGCUCCUACAAAAAAGAGAACAAGAGUAUUUUUUUUUCAAAACUGUGUCUUGUUUGACUAUAUAACUUCAUAGUUACUCUAUAAUA